AUGGUGGCAACAGGCUUCCUCAGCAAUGCAGGCCGUGCCUGGAGGAGGAGGUACGCGGGGGUGAGAUGCUGGUGGGCUGGGCUGGGCGAUGGCUGGGAUGAGGACAAAAGGUUGCUCCAAACGCCUGGCCCCAACGUCUACCUUCUUGCCGAACAGAGACACGACGAAGAGGCGGUGAUCGACCAGGGAAGAACGAGCAACGUUGUCAAUAUUCACUAUGAGAAGGAGGAGUUGGAAGAUACCCCGUCCCAGCGGGUGCAGUUCAUCCUCGGGACCGAGGAGGAUGAGCAGCAUGUCCCCCAUGACUUGUUCACCGAGCUGGAUGAGAUCUGCAUGAAAGGGGAUGAAGAUGCCGAGUGGAAGGAAACGGCAAGGUGGCUGAAGUUCGAGGAGGAUGUGGAAGAUGGUGGCGAGCGCUGGAGCAAGCCCUACGUGGCCACGCUGUCCUUGCACAGCCUCUUCGAGCUGAGGAGCUGCAUCCUCAACGGGACGGUGCUGCUGGACGUUUGUGCCAACAGCGUCGACGAGAAUGCAGAUAUGAUCCUGGGCCAGCAAGACCAGUCCACGGAGUUUGACGAGCCCAUGCGGGCGAAGGUUCGAGAGGUCCUUUUGAAGAAGCAUCACCACCAGAACGAGAAGAAAAGAAACAAUCUCCUCCCCAUCGUCCGCUCGUUUGCUGACGUGAGCAAGAAGCAGUUAGAGCUGCACCAGCCAGCCCAAACACUCACCCCUCAUCCUUCUCCCACCACUGCAGAAGCUAAAUAUGGGGUGAACCACGAGCCCAACUCGAUGGAUUUAAGCAAGGCGGAGCUGCACUUCAUGAAGAAAAUCCCCACUGGGGCUGAAGCCUCCAACGUGCUCGUGGGAGAGCUGGAUUUCCUUGGGCAGCCCAUCGUGGCGUUCGUCCGCCUGACCCCGGCCGUCCUCCUCUCAGGCAUGACGGAGGUUCCCAUCCCAACAAGAUUCCUGUUUGUUUUGCUUGGCCCUGAAGGAAAAGCCCACCAGUACCAUGAGAUCGGCAGGUCCAUGGCUACCCUCAUGACGGAUGAGGUUUUCCAUGAUGUUGCCUAUAAAGCCAAGAACCAGGCUGACCUCGUGGCCGGCAUCGACGAGUUCCUGGACCAGGUCACGGUCUUGCCACCAGGCGAGUGGGAUCCUUCGAUCCGAAUCGAGCCCCCGAAGAAUGUCCCUUCUCAGGAAAAAAGGAAGAUGCCAGGAGCUCUUGAUGACAGCGCUUCUCACAGCAAGCCGGAGAAACACAGCGGUCCUGAACUGGAGCGGACGGGCAGGCUCUUUGGAGGUUUGAUCUCGGACGUGAAGAGGAAAGCACCGUGGUUCUGGAGCGACUUUCGGGACGGGCUGAGACUGCAGUGCCUGGCAUGCUUCCUCUUCCUCUACUGUGCCUGCAUGUCCCCGGUCAUCACCUUCGGGGGGCUGCUGGGGGAGGCGACCGACGGCCACAUCAGUGCCAUGGAGUCGCUGCUGGGUGCUUCCAUGACCGGCGUGGUGUAUUCCCUCUUCGCUGGCCAACCCCUCACCAUCCUCGGCAGCACUGGCCCUGUCCUCGUGUUCGAGAAGAUCCUCUACAAGUUCUGCAAGGACUACUCGCUCUCCUAUCUCUCUCUGCGGACGUGCAUCGGGCUGUGGACCGCCUUCUUCUGUGUGGUGCUGGUGGCCACCGACGCCAGCUGCUUGGUGUGCUACAUCACCCGCUUCACCGAAGAAGCCUUCGCCUCCCUCAUCUGCCUCAUCUUCAUCUACGAGGCUCUCGAGAAGCUGGGUCACCUGCGCGAGACCUACCCCGUGCACAUGCACAGCCAGCUCGACCUCCUCACCGUCUACUACUGUAAGUGCGAGGCGCCGGCCAGACCCAGCAACGAAACCGCGCGUUUCUGGGAGAGCAACGGGAUUAAUGUGUCUGGCAUCACCUGGGAAAACCUCACGGUGACCGUAAGUGCCCCGAGCCACCGCUUCCUCAUGCCACAGCCAGGGGGUGUUCAUGGCCCUGCCUGUGGAAGCCAUGGCCCCUACGCUCCUAAUGUCCUCUUCUGGUGCUGCAUCCUCUUCUUCUCCACCUUUGUGCUCUCAAGCUUACUGAAGAAGUUUAAAACCAGCCGUUACUUCCCAACCAGAGUCCGGUCCACAGUGAGCGACUUUGCUGUUUUCCUCACCAUCGUUGUCAUGGUGCUCACUGACUUCCUGAUGGGGAUCCCCUCACCGAAGCUCCACGUCCCCCAUAUGUUCAAGCCUACUAGAGACGAUCGCGGGUGGUUCAUCAACCCCAUCGGACCCAACCCUUGGUGGACGGUGUUGGCCGCGCUCAUCCCGGCUCUGCUCUGCACCAUCUUGAUCUUCAUGGACCAGCAGAUCACCGCCGUGAUCGUGAACAGGAACGAGCACAGGCUGAAGAAGGGCUGUGGGUACCACCUGGAUCUUUUCAUGGUGGCCGUGAUGCUCGGGGUGUGCUCCGUGAUGGGGCUGCCUUGGUUUGUGGCUGCGACCGUCCUGUCCAUCACCCACGUGAACAGCCUCAAAGUGGAGUCUGCCUGCUCAGCUCCGGGAGAGCAGCCCAAGUUCCUGGGGAUACGCGAGCAGAGAGUCACCGGCUUGAUGAUCUUUGUGCUCAUGGGCUGCUCCGUCUUCUUCACUUCUCUCUUAAAG